AUGCCGGUCAAGACGCCCUCGGCGUACGAAACGCCAGUCACGGAGAUGCAACAUCGGUUCAACGACACUACAGCAGCAAUCGUGCGCCAGCUAGCAAGCGAUGACCGCGGCAUAACCCUGGAGAAGUGGCUACAGGGCGAUAGUAGCAAGCGACUCGAUGACCCAGCUACUAAGAAGUCACUCGCUGAGAAAUGGCGAUAUAUUGUACAAGAUUACUCAGACGCCGAGGUAUCUGGAAACGUCCUUGGAGCACACGAUGGAGCUAUCCUUGUAGCAACGCCACCCGAUGACCCAGUUCAGCUUGCUACGCUCAACAACCAGGUCAUUGAACCAGUACAACUACCUAGCUACCUCGAUUUUAAACCCACGAAGGUAUUCACAAAAAUUUCUCGCGAACAGUUUGCCGCAUACCAUGCGUACCUGCCAAGGUACAUCGAUAACAAGGACCACGAGAGGAAAAGAUUGCACAUAUACUUGAAGCGAUACUACGUUUGCUGGAUGACCUUGAAGACUGGUCUCGCGACGCUGUCGCAGGAGACAGAUCCGGCGGUCAUUGCGGCAGGGCUCCAACAGCUCCAGAAGUUGGCACAUGGUCAGGAAGACCCAAUGGCGGAGUGGGCUGCUCGCCGAGAAGCGCGCUUAGCUGGACAAGCCAAAUGA